AUGGUUCGUUUCCAAGGAGCAUCGCAAGGACGUUCAAUGUCUCAACCACCAUAUUCUAAAAGUAAAAAAAAGAAUGUUUCUUCAUUCACCAAUUUGGCUGGAAUUACUAAAGAAGAUCAAAUUCAUCUAGAUAAGGCCAAUAUAAUGCUUCUUGGACCGUCUGGUGUUGGGAAAACCUAUAUUGUGAAAGUUCUUGCCAAAAUUUUGGAUGUUCCUUUGGCUCAUUGUGAUUGCACUUCAAUGACACAAGCAGGAUAUGUAGGAGAAGAUGUUGAAUCAGUAUUACAAAAAUUAUUGCAAGAGGCUGAUGGUGAUGUAAAUAGAGCACAAAGAGGAAUUGUAUUUUUGGAUGAAGUUGACAAAAUUGCAGCAACUCGUGAUGUUGCUAGUCAUGCAUAUCGAGAUGUUAGUGGUGAAGGUGUUCAACAUGCAAUGCUGAAAAUGGUUGAAGGUUCUGUGAUAUCUGUCAAAAAUGGUCGGAAAGGACAACAGGACACUGUUCCAAUGGAUACAACCGAUAUUCUUUUCAUUGCUUCUGGUGCAUUUACCGGACUUGAAAAGUUGAUAAGCAGGCGAUUAGACAAACAUAUGCUUGGAUUUGGAACCCCUCCACCUGUCAAUACAAUAACUAAAGACGACGAUCAACAACUUGAACUUGCCAAUGAAAAGCGUGAUCGUUUGUUAAAGCAAGUUCAGGCUGAUGACUUGACGAAGUUUGGAAUUAUCCCAGAAUUGGUUGGCAGAUUCCCAAUUAGAGUACCAUUCACCAGUCUUGAUAAAGAAAGUCUAAAACGUGUAUUAACUGAACCAAAGAAUUCAAUGCUUGCCCAAGAACAAACUUUCUUCAAAAUGCAUGGGGUCAAAUUAGAGAUUACAGAUGACGCAUUAGACGAAAUGGCCCAAAUGGCAUUAAAAGGCAGAGUUGGGGCACGUGCUCUAAUGUCCAUUCUAUAUAAUGUCUUAUGGGAAGCAAAAUAUAAUUUGCCUGGUUCUGAUUAUGAUACAGUUCAAAUCACUGGUUCAGCAGUUCGCGGUGAAGGACCACCAUACGAGGUAACACAUAAAGAGGCAUCGACAGCAGCAACAGGAUCAGCGUCAAAUAACACAUCAGCAGAAUAUUCAAACUCACAACGGCAGCAUCAACAACAUCAGGUUUUGUCAUCACCGGCACAGAUUGCUGUUUAAAAAUUGUUUUCAUCAAAAUAUUCUAGGAAGGAAAAAUUGUUCGAGGAAUUGGUGGUGGUGAACAUAAUAAUAAAACUAUUGGAUGAGAGGAGAAAGCUGUGUGAAUAAUAAAAAAAACUCGAACAACAACAACGAAGGAUGCGGCUCGUAAAAAUUAAAUAUAAAUGAUUUUUUGGGUAUGAGUUUUUGUAUAAUAUUUUUGGGUGUUUGUACCUCUAUAUACGUAUGGUGUGCCGCAAGCUUGUCUCUCCCUCUCCUAUUUUUUUUCUAAAUUGUGGGAUUUGUGGAAUAAGCUUUGAACAAAAUUUGGGAUUUUUUUUAAAUUUAACAGCGAAUUUUUUUUUACAAAAAAAUUUUUU